AGUGUUUCUUUGCAUUGGACUGUGUUCUCGAUUAGAUUAUAAUUUGAUGAAAUUAUUAAGAUCGAUUGAAUUAUCGCUGUAACAGCGUGUGUACAAUGUCUCCGAGCAGAUGAGCGUCCGAACAAGCUUUGGCACUGGUGGGAUUUGACGUCAGUAUCGGUUCCAAGGCUCGAGUCAAACUUCUCAAUAGCACGAUGCGCCUGUACUCCAGUUCGGCUGAAUGGAGACGCAAAUUGGAUCUGCUGCAGUUCGAUUUACAGUGCUGCGGCUCGCUCUCCUACGUCGAUUGGUUCCUCUUCGAUUGGCAGAAUUCGGAUUAUGGCCCAAGGGACGAGACGGAGACGCAGGAUAGAAUAUCCGACGAGGAAUACAGGACGCGCGCUGUCCCAUUCAGUUGCUGCAAUUUGAAGGCGAUGCUACCUUGCGUACAUUAUCAGAUGACGGAUAGCGAUCUGAGCAGCAUAAAUACCAAAGGAUGUGCCACGCCCCUCGGCAAUACAGUCUUCAGAAAGGUUUUCGUAGGUUCUGCCAUGACUGCACUGCUGAUAAUGACUCAAGUGCUUUUGACCUUUCUUUUGGCGAAAAUCGCCUCCUGGCCGGAAGGUCCCUUCCCCCGCGAAGCCGUCGAAUGCACCACGCGCCACUUGCCAAAUCCCCAAGUACCGGGCAGAUACUCAGCUUCAGGUCAUCGUCGUACAUCGGAAACGGGACUUCUGCCAGUCGGUCGGACUUCACAGUAUCGGUCGCGAGCAGUUCGCGAAGUAGACGAGCGGGGAAAGGUCAUCGAGAUGAGGGCAGCAGUCAAUCCUCGAGGAGUCGAGCGAAAGCACGUAGAACGAGAAGACGAGAUUUCAGCGAGUCGUCACUGA